AUGUACAGAGUUCAGAGACUGAAUCGUUUGGUACAAACUGUUUCCGGAGUGGCAUCCCUGGCUGGUUCGACUGGUUUGAGGACGGCAGCUGGUGCUGGUGGUCGGUGCUAUUACCACCGCCCGGCGGUGAUGGGAUCCAGGUUACAAGCGACUAAAUCGAGGUUCGUGCCUCUGGUAUCGUCGAGGUCCAUGUAUAUUCAGACGUCGGCGACCCCUAAUGACGAUGCACUUAAAUUUUUACCGUCACAGGAAGUUCUUGGAGACGGUGCUCGUACGAUUGAGUACUUAUCAGGUCGAGACGCACAUUCGUCGCCACUGGCUCGUAAACUAUUUGCAGUUGAUGGAGUAAGAUCAGUGAUGUUUGGUCCUGAUUUCAUUACCGUUGAAAAGGACCCGGAAUCCAACUGGAUCUAUCUCAAGCCCGAGAUCUUUUCACUGCUGACUGAACAUUUAUCGGCAGGAGGGCCAGUGGUUCUUGAGGGUACAGAGGCUGCUUCUGAUACCUUGCCCUCAGAAGAAGAUUCGGAAGUAGUAAGCAUGAUUAAAGAGCUCAUUGACACGCGGAUCCGACCGGCUAUUCAAGAAGACGGUGGAGAUCUCGAGUACCGCGGGUUCACGGACGACGGUAUUGUCCAACUCAAACUGCGAGGUGCCUGUCGGUCGUGUGACUCGUCUUCUGUCACUCUAAAGAACGGUAUAGAGUCCAUGCUCAUGCACUACGUCGAAGAAGUCACCGGAGUCGAACAAGUGCUCGACCCCGAAGAAGAGGUUUCCCUCAAAGAGUUCGACAAGCUCGAGAAAAAGCUCGAAGCCGCCAAACAAUCGGCCCCCGAAGACCAAAUGGCCCCCUCCCUCUAA